GCCCAGCUCUCGUGAAGGCACGAGCCAGCUGACAUUUUGCAAAGGGGGGGGUUGAGUGGGAGUUGCUCAAACUGAAGUAAAAGGAAGCGCUAGCAGCUGAGACACCCACAUCCUUCUUAGUGUUGACAUUAUUGAGCACUUUUAGGUGAAAAAUCACUUCACGUUUUGCUAGCUUUGUUAGCAAUUUGAUAUAAAAUAAUGUAUAAUUUUGAGGUUUUCAUUGAGCAUCGUUUUUUUGUUUACGCUCAACUCAUGUAGUAGUUAAAACAGCGCGGAUUAGCAAAUGGGUCAAAUAUUUGACUUAACAUCCAAACCGGCUACUAGCUAAUGCUAGCUAAACAUUAUGUCCGAUAAUGGAUUUAGUAACGGUUCAUUUCUUUGCUCAGUCACGUGGUUUGUGUUCACUACGCCUACAUCAUUCCCCCCUUGCCGGACGAGACGUGGUUUACCUACAAUGCCAGAGCGAUUUAGGUUCAAACGGCGCCUCAGUCCGGAGUGGAGUGAAGGAAUGAAGUGAGCAGCGAUGGCCCACGCCGUCUCCAGGUUUCUACUGUGACAAAGGAGGAAAGGAAGUUUGCUUCCAGCCAUGGAGGACAGCCAGCAGAAAGCUGCCACUGUGGAACCCAGCCCUCCACACAGCUCGCCCCCCAGCCCCGUACCCAGCCCACUGCCAAGCCCAGCAGGCACCCUAAUGCUCGACAGAAUCGCUUUACCUGCUGCAAACCAUGUAGAGCACUUGAACGUUAACCAGAUCCAGGUGGUGGUCCGGCGCUGCUCAACUCCAAAUGUAACCGAGGAGACCACCUAUUUUAUUCCUCGCAACCCAGUUGUGGAUGCCGGGACCAACACAGACCCACCUGUGGUUUGUUGCCCUUUGCUCCGCAAGAUUUGCCCGUGCCCGCCCAGGGGCCUGCUCGCCUCGCUGGUUACCAAAGUCCUUCUAGCAGCUGUGCUCUUCGGGGUGGUUUGGUCCAUCACAGGGGAGGAAUGUCUUCCAAAUGGAAACCUGUUUGGCAUCACUGUUCUUUUUAUCUGCGCUGUCGUUGGUGGCAAACUAGUCACUCUCAUCCGGCUGCCUAAAUUACCACCAUUUCCACCGCUCCUAGGUAUGCUGCUGAUGGGCUUAACGCUGAGAAACAUCCCAGUGGUAACAGACGCCAUGCAUAUUGACUUCAGGUGGUCUGGUUCUCUCAGGAAUAUCGCUCUGGCUGUUAUCCUGGCCAGAGCUGGUUUGGGGCUGGAUCCUAAGGCUCUGAAGAAAUUAAAAGCUGUGUGUGUUCGCGUGGCAGCUGGUCCCUGCUUGGUGGAGGCCUGCACCACAGCGCUGGUCUCUCACUUCCUCAUGGGCUUACCCUGGGUGUGGGGCUUCAUUCUCGGUUUUGUUCUGGCCGCUGUGAGUCCAGCGGUGGUGGUUCCCUCCAUGCUGCUGCUGCAGAAGCAGGGUUACGGCGUGGAGAAGGGCAUUCCCACUCUGCUGAUGGCCGCCGGCAGUUUUGAUGACAUUCUUGCCAUCACAGGGUUCACUACAUGCUUAGGCAUGGCCUUUGCUACAGGCUCCACGGGGUACAACCUCCUCCGAGGGGUUCUGGAAGUGACCGGCGGGACGGUUGCUGGAAUUCUCCUCGGCAUCCUCAUUCAGUACUUCCCAAGUGUGGACCAGAAAUACGUGGUGAUGAAGCGUUCCUUCUUGGUGUUGGGUCUGUCUGUCUUUGCUGUGUUUGGCAGUGAUGUGGCAGGCUUUCCCGGCUCUGGAGGCCUCUGCACCCUGCUGCUGGCAUUCCUGGCUGGCCUCGGCUGGGGGGCAGAAAAGGCACGUGUGGAGGAGGUUGUGGGGUGGGCUUGGGAUGUCUUUCAGCCUCUGCUGUUCGGACUAAUUGGUGCGGAAAUUCGCCUCUCUGAAUUGGAGGGACAUGCAGUCGGUUUGGGUAUAGCCUCUUUGCUCAUCGCUCUGCUGGUUAGAGUGCUGUUCACCUAUGUCUGUGUGCUGUUUGCUGAUUUCAACACUCGAGAAAAGGUGUUCAUAGCUCUGGCAUGGAUUCCCAAAGCAACCGUGCAGGCGGCUAUAGGCUCCAAAGCUUUAGACAUGGCUCGAGUAAACGGUGACUCACAUCUGAUCCAGAACGGCAUGGACGUGCUGACUGUGGCUGUGCUCUCCAUUCUCCUCACUGCUCCCAUAGGAGCUCUUAUUAUAGGCCUCUGCGGGCCCCGCCUGCUGCAAAAACCAAAGAUCUUAGACUGUGGUGAGCGAGUCAAACCCAAUUUGUCUACGUUCUUUUUAGGAACAGAAGCAGGAGGAGAUGAUGACGGUGAAACUCCAGUCACAUUCGAGAGUACACUCUGAUAACUCCAUCCACUGUUCUUCACACCUCAGAUGUCUGAGCUGCCCUUUAGCCACCAAGUGGCUCUCCGUUGGUCAGCUCCGGAUGUUUAUCAGUCCUGUAUUUAUAGCCUCUGGUGGUUUCCAGACCCCACAUUCUAAACAAAGACACUGUGUCUGUUGUGUCCUGCUGGAUGAAUCUUUUAAAACAAGAUCUUUUGUCUAAGGAAAGGAAAUUAUUCUUCUAUAUGCUGUUGUGAGGCUCCCAAUCGUUUAGAAACAUGGAUUGAUUAUCCAGAGCUUCACUGAAUCCAGUAUUUGUUUUCUGUUGGUUUUAGUAGUUGGACUUGAAAGGAAAAGGGGUGUAUAGAUAAACUACUGUUUUACUAAAGCUGCUGACACACCGGGCUAAACGUGGGUCAUUCAAUGCACAUAUCUAUCAUGGACAAGCAGGAAGGGGCUGCUUCUUCUAUUUCCACUGUUUACUAGCACAUGUCUUCCACCGACAACUGGAAGAGGCUUGGUGUGAAAUAUCAAAGCGGUGCACAUCUUGCUCCAGGAUUUUUCUUUUACAGCUCCAUUUUCGAUAAAUGUCAUAGAAUUCCAAACCGCAACUCUUAAUUUAACUUCCGCAAUCACUGUUCAAAAGGUUAGCACUUCAAUGAAUUAAAAAAAAAAAUCUAUUCCUCACUAUCAAAUCCAAGUCCCUGAUUGGUCAAAACUUUCAACGUGCGUUCAGUAUCCACACGUUUUGUACGUUGAUCCCGAAAACAGUCAUGGAAACCUGCAUUGCUUUGCGUGAAUGCAAGAUUUUGAACGAGGAAGCCCGAGACGCGCAUUUCAAUAGACUUUUCAUUGGACGUAGUCUCUUGAACGUGCGACGCCUCGGGAGGUAUGAAAGUAGCUUUAGACUACUCACUAAAAGCACUUGUCUUUGUGGGGUUUUGAAGUCAGCCCUUAAAGCAAUAUGUUUUUAUUAAUGUCAAUGUGAUAGUUCAGCAUGUUUGUGACAUGUUUUAUAUGUUGAUGAAUUGAAUAGUUUACAACAAAUACCACAUUUUUUACUGCACUAUACUUGGGUUGAUACAUAAUGCUAAUGGAAAUGCCAAGAGACAGCUACUACCGUACAUCCUAUGCUUUAGUUUAUAUGUUGAUCUAUUCAAUAGAGAAUUGUGUUUUUAUCACUGUAUAAGUUUAAACACAUUUAGAUCCAUUGAGUGUAAUGUUUGUCUUUAAUUUUAUCUUUAUUCAAACAAAUGUUAGAGAAUAUGGUUUAAGUUUUUUUUUUUUUUUAAAUGUUUUUUUUGUACAUCUACAGUAUUGCUGCAAAUAUUAACCAAUACACUUUGUACAAAUAGAACUUGCAUAAAUUGUUUUAUCACACUGAA